AGAGUGUGAAGUUCGAGUGCAAAAUCCUCUCCCCUAGUUGUCGUAUUGUUGGCAGGUCUGAAUACGUUUACUUCACCUAGCGGGUUUUUUAACAUAUCCACUUCCCUUUUCUCCGCACUGGCUUAUAAUUUCCAUUCUCGAUUUGUUUCUUCACCACAGCAUCAAUUUUCUGUUAAUGGCGUCCACUUUGUCAUCAGCUCGAAGAAGGCAGGAACGCGAUCCAUUUUUGGUACUUGAACCUCCUAAGAAUAUGGUAAAAUCGUCCUUGUCUGCAAAACAGUUUGAUGUAUUCAUCAACCAUCGAGGCCCAGACGUCAAAACAACUCUGGCUAUGCAGCUUUACAAUUCUCUAAAGGAAGAUGGGAUCCAGGCGUAUCUAGGUAGUGAAGAGACUGAACUGGGAGAUUCACUUUCUCCAACCAUAAAGAAUGCCAUAAUCUCCGCCGAAGUGCAAAUAGCCAUUUUAUCACCGAGAUAUGCAGAGUCUCCUUGGUGCUUGGCUGAGCUAGCUUUAAUGUUCCAAACCAAGCGUAGAAUUAUUCCCCUGUUUUACCAUAUUCAGCUUUCAGAUUUAAGCCGCAUCGAAAACAGAGUUGCAGAAGCAUUUUCCAAUCACGAAGAGAAGGGCAGAUAUCCUGAUCGUGACAUUCAACAGUGGAAAGAAUGCCUCCAGAACGUUGCAGGGAUCAAGGGCUACGAACUCAACGGACAGAAUGAUGAUCCGAAUAAGGUGUGCAAGGACAUCGUGUCUGCCGUGAAGAAGGAAUUGCAAAGGAGAGAAAUUCCUUUCCAAGUUGCAAAAUAUGAGGUGGGACUUGAAGAUCUUGGGGAAGACUUCGACAGCCAUUGGCAGAUAAAUGGGCAGAUGAUAGAUACAAUUAUUGGCAUCUAUGGAAUCGAAGGGUCUGGCAAGACCACUCUCGUCAAGUAUUUGUUCAAAAGGAAUCUUUCAGAAUUCAGCGGAUCAACUAGUCUGUUUGAUGUGCGGAAGAAACAUGCCAAAGUUACAGAGAGGAACAGUUCUCAACAUCAGGUUUGACGGUUGGUGUUGUUUUGGGUAUCUCCAAAAGUUCUGCAGUUUCUGGGAGGGUUGGUGGCAGACUCAUCUCAAGUGGCAGAGUUAGUGGCAGGCUCUUGUCUUCUGUUGCAGCGUGUUUUGAGAAGAAGGGGGCAACCUUCUCUGUUAUUUCUCUUGGUAGUUAGUGUCACGGGGCUAGACCGGCCUGCUGCCCAAACAAGCUUUUUCCUUCCAAAGGAGGUCAAACCUCAUGCGGCACUGGCAAACCUUACUCAUGACUUCCAUUGCGGACAAGUCCUUUCUUGUUUCCAGACUACGCCAUACCUUUUCAAGUGUCCACCACCUGACCACAUUAACACACACCCAUGCGGAAUAGAAGUGCAUGCCAACCCUCUCACGGGUUUCUUUCAUCCUGAUGCUCCUAGCACUCCCUUCAAGUCCCUGACUCUACUCUAGCACUGUCUUGUCGCACCAUCCUUGCACCCCUGGUACAAGCUUACAGGUCUCCUCGAUGCCUUCGUCUUCUUGAGUCCCCCAUAAGACCUUGACUACUAACACUGACCCAUCCGGAACUCCUUAAGUCCUCCGGCUCCAACUUUGCACACUCCCUGAGCAUGCCCAGUACUCCCACAGCACUGGCGCCCCAUGUUGGCCUCCCUCAGCUCCUCUGAACCCUCAAGCACCAAACAUAUCUCAUGGGACGACUAGACUCCCUGAGCUAGCUUCCUGUUUGUCCAUCUCCACACAAUGAACACAACAUUGGGGCAAUAGGUAGCUUUAUUGUUAUGAAGAGACGGUCCCUGGCUCGAUCUACAAACAAUUCCAACUCUGUCGCUGGUCACUACCCUGAAUACUUCCCAAGCAUCCAAUUACAAGUUCCUGCCCCUAGAUCAACGUCCACUCUUGAAACACUAGUACCGAUACCACUGCACCUCGCCCCUGGCGAUAGCUUCUCAUAUAGACUCCUGAUCCAUGAAGACCCUGUCUCCUUCGGAACUCAACCUGGCGCACCACUGACUCUCUCAUGAGCCCGCGACGGCUUACCCAGUACACAACUCAGAACCCCUUCCCGAACAAGGACUCCAAGUCACACUGCUUUGGGCCCUUGGCCUAUGCCUACAUGGCUUCACUGGUGAACCCGGUUCCCUGUACAUCCUAUGCACAAUAACCAGCUCCAUGCAAACACUCAGUCUAAGCCUCUCAGACUGACAAAACACCUUGCACUCCUACUUGGGCACCAAGCUCUUCGCUCCAUGAUCCAAUCCAAUAUCCUUGGUCGCUGAACUCUCCUUCAACUCGGCUAUGCUCCCAGAACAACUCGCCUACGGACCAUGUCCUCUUUUCGGUCAUGCAACUCAUCCAUCUUUGUCACCCUCUUGGUCUCGCCUCAUGGCUCGGCUCAACAUGAGCACACUUUCGGAACCCAGUCCCUACUGCCACAUUUGACCCCCACUCUAGGGCCUUGAGAUCCCGGAUCUCAAUGCAAAUCCCACUUUAGGUAACCUAGGUGCGUGCCCAGCACAUCACCCCACUUGUUCCACAAGACACAUGGACUUCCAGCUCUGCAAUUCAACCCACAUAGCUUGCCCAACUCUCAAGCUCCAACAUUCCGAUAUAGAUAGCCCAUUGCACGGCCAUCCCCCUUACAAGAUCUUGGGUACUCCAUUUCCCCAACCGGGACAAUCCAUUGCACGAUCAUCCUUCUCGCAAGAGCCUAGGUACUCCACUUCCCUAGUCCUCGGGUCAUAGAUAACUCCCCGGGAGUCAUCCCCAACAUUGGCUCAGUUACUCCGCUUCACUGAGAUAGGGACCAUGAGAAUGCAUCCACCAGUAAACCUCACCAUCCAAUGAUAAGGCGGGGUUACUCUACUUCACCCCUAAUGUCCAUGUAGGACCUCUAUCUCCUUGAGACUAGAGGGCAGGGUUACUCUUCUUCACCCCUAGGAGGAGGUGUCUACCGCAGACCACCUUGGUGCACUCCUGGCACUCGGCUAUUCUUUCAACCGACCCCCAUAUAUAAGUUUUUCGUCUAAUUCUCACACAACUAUAGCUUGGCAUUAACCCUUUGUCAAUCACCACAACUUCCACCUGCUGAGAAUAACAAGGGACUUACAACCCCAGAAGCCUACUGAUCUCCCCGAGACAGCAGCCCCUUACAGUUAGAACGAUGACCAUUAAGGGAGGGUAUUAAAAUAAUAUCUUUCUAUUUGUGUUAUUAAAUAUUAAUGGUCAUUUAAGUUGUUUCUAAUUUCGCUUCUAGUUAACGAUUGUUUAUUUUAGAAACAUCGUCUUUGUAACUCUAUUUAAAGGAGUUUUGUCUCCUUGAUUAAUUGAACAACAUUGAUUCUUUGAAAUCCAUAUGCUUUGCAUCUGUAUUAUAAAAUCUGGUAUUGAUUGUAACUCUCUGUGCUGUUUUUGGCCACGUCCUUUGUUGAUUAUUUUGGUUUGAAUCAUAUCUGACCUCAGAAACUUUUGCAAGAAAUAUCUGUCAAGUAAAUCUAUAUCAAUUUUCAACACUCUAUUUAUCUAACCGUAAAAGGUGUUUUUUAAGUUUUUGAUAGCAGAAACUUGAAGUAAAAUUGGAUUUUCUAUGCACUUUGAAAUAAAUGAUAAUAUAAAAUGGUACCUUGAACUUUGAAGGCUUGAGGAAUAACUUCUGCCGAAAUUAGGUUUUGGAUACAACCAUAGCUUUUUGUCUUGCUGGUCUGCUGUGUUAUAGCUUUAUAAGGUUGAAUUGAUAGUUGGCUGAAUGUCCACUGAUUUCGUCCUAGUUUAGCUUGCUUGUUUGCAGAAAAGAAUCUCAUUUUUGCUCCAGAAAUGCUGUUUGUAAAAUGCAAAAGAAUAGAGUUAUAAUAUUACAGUUAGCGUAGGCCCCUCUCCUAGAUUUGUCUCAACAUGGAGCUUGACUCUAUGCAUGCUAUGUCCUAAAGCAUUCCCUCGUCAUCCUUUGUAUUUCAGUAAUCUCUUCUAUGUCAAGCAUUGAUCUCUUUCUGCUUGUGUGGUUUAAUUUGGUGUUUCUUCUGACUUUUGGCUGGAUGCUUUCUUCCAUUUUGUUUAGAAUACAUGUAGCCCCUUUGCUAACAUUUACUAAUAUCUUUGAGAUUAUAACAUCACUCAUCACAUAAUAAUUGAAGCUCAUGUUGUGAUGAGUAAUAAAUUUUAGAUAUUCCAGCUAAAGAUUUUUUGGUAUAGGCGACAUGAAAUAUUUUUCCUUGAUUUUCCUUGCUAUAUAUUAGAAUUUACUUUUAAUUUAUUUCUGACUUAA